GUUCAGACUCCUUCGAUGUAAUUUACACUACGAAAUCGUCUUUGGCUUCCGCGCUUCUAUUGGACAUGAAGUCCUUUAUGCAGGAAAUUCACAUCGACACACAUCUACGAUUUUCCCGUUUUAUUUACUGCUGAACGGCCAUGUCAAAGUCUGCUAGUGGGCGGUCGAAACGCAAUGUUCUUAAUUUGACCCUUCCGACCACCAGACUGCCGGAUGAAGGUGAGGCGUCGUCGUCGGCUACUGCUGCUGCUGCUGCUGCCGCUACUGUGUCCGAUAUGAUACCGAAGUCUCCUCCCUCACAGCCUUCCCAAGCCGGAGUACAAAAUUCCAAUCGGAACCAUCCAGCUUCUCAUUCAAGCGACUCUUCGAGCACUGCUGUAGUCGCUCCACCUAUAAUGCGCAACCGAAUCAAUCAGAACUCUACCUCCCCUUCAGGCCCUUCCAGGAUCGCUACACAACAUCAUGUCAAAGUGGUGUCUCCCAGUCCGGUUUCCAGCCAGUCGGCCACUGGUGGCCGCUUCCAAGCCGCUAAUCGCUAUUCGAACCGAAUUAGUACGGGACCCGUAGAUGUGGCGGAGGUGUUACGCCAGUUGGAGGCACAAGAUUUGGACGAUUUACAACGCCGUCAACUGAGCGCGUUCGUCGCCGAGAAACAAAAAAUCGGCGAACUGCGACCGGAGGAUUUCGAGAAGAUUCGUGAACUCGGUAAAGGUAACGGGGGUGUGGUCAGUCAGGUUCGCCACAUCAAAACCGGACUGAUCGUAGCCAAGAAGAACAUCCACUUGGAAAUAAAACCCAAAGUUCGAGCCCAGAUUAUUCGGGAAUUGAAGGUCCUCCACGACUGUAAUUCACCCUACAUCGUGGGCUAUUAUGGUGCAUUUUUUGCCGACGGUGACAUCAGUCUGUGCAUGGAAUACAUGAACGGCGGCAGUCUGGACGUCGUACUACAACAUGCGGGUCGCAUACCCGAACCAAUUGUCGCCAAAUUCCUUUACUCUGUCCUCAAGGGGUUGGUCUACCUGGGUCAAACUUUGCAUAUUAUUCAUAGGGACGUGAAGCCGUCCAACAUACUGGUCAAACGCAAUGGCGAGGUCAAACUUUGCGACUUUGGUGUCAGUGGUCAACUCACCGAUUCUCUGGCGAAUUCGUUUGUCGGAACGCGCAGCUACAUGGCUCCGGAACGUCUUACAGGUGAACAGUACAACAUAUUAAGCGAUGUGUGGAGUGUUGGACUGUCGCUUGUGGAACUGGUCACUGGUCGCUACCCAAUCCCCGCGACUGACGAAAAAGUUUAUCUGGCCGCCUUCAAAGCAGACCGGGCCUCGAAUCUAGAAGAACACUUGGAUGUUGCUAAACACGGACGUCCCCUCCCUGCUCUACGUUUCUCCCUUCGCGUGUCCGAUAACCCAGAAGCGAUGACCCGUGAAAUAUAUGGCGUGGGUGUUGCACUCAGCCUCAGAGCUGAACACACUUUGCUGGAUUGGAUCCCAGUGAACAGUCGUCUCUGCGCCGUCCGGUUAUCCAGUUCAAUUAAAUUCAGUGCUUAUCAACAUAAAAAGCGGUGUCUGUUUGUAGUGUCGGCUUAUGCUCCAGCAGACUGCAGUUCUGAUGCAGAGAAGGAUACUUUCUAUCGAGAGCUAUCCGGGCUCAUUCGUCAGGCAAAAAGCACUGACACUGUUAUCCUUGCAGGCGAUCUGAAUGCUCAACAACCAACAAUGGUUGUGUUUCUUGAUCUAAAACCUGCCUUUGACUCUGUAGACCGUCAUGCACUAUGGCAGUGUCUGUGGAGCAAAGGUGUCCCUCAUAAAUUCUUGACCCUCAUUAAGGCGCUGUACGCCGACUCCUGUGGCCGUGUGGAGGUCAACGGGAAGCUCUCUUCUGAGUUCACCACACUAAGUGAUGUCAGACAGGACUGUCCUCUUUCACCUUUCCCCUUCAACGUCGUCAUUGGUACGAUCAUGGAAGACUCACUAUCAGCCUCUAAUGCCCGUGGGGUCGAAUUGCUCCCGGGGCGUCUGCACACAGACAUCAAAUACGCAGACGACAUAGCUCUUCUGGGAUCUGACCCUGUGGAAGUGCAAAGGAUACUAAAUGGUCUAAAUAAUUCUGCCUCACGGUUUGGAUUGCACUGUAAAGCGCCAAUGUAA